UUGUAUUUCUUACAGAUGUUUCAUGGUUCAAUGGAUAUGAAUGCCCCCCUGCUCGGUGUGGGCGGGGUCCUGACUGCUGUUUUCUUAGGUAGCCCGUUAAAAUGCCCGAACUCAAAACACUUCUUUUUCCAAGAUGGCGUCGAUGAAGGACAGCGACACCGGCCUGUGGCUUCACAACAAACUGGGCUCCACGGACGAGCUCUGGACGCCUCCUAGCAUCGCCUCUCUCCUCACCGUGUCUGUAAUCGACAACAUACGACUUUGCUUUUCGAGCUUGUCGCCGCCGGUGAAGCUGAAACUGCUGCUCGGGAUGCUGCACCUCCCCAGGCGGACCGUUGACGAGAUGAAGGAGGCCCUGUCAGAGAUAAUCCAACUGGCCACGGUGGACUCAGAACCCUGGGUGCUGAUGGUUGCAGAUAUCCUCAAGUCCUUCCCAGAGACAGGCUCUCUAAAUCUGGACUUGGAGGAGCAGAAUCCAAAUGUGCAGGAUAUUCUUGGAGAGCUCAGGGAGAAAGUGAGCGAGUGCGAGGCAUCUGCCAUGCUUCCUCUGGAGUGCCAGUACCUGAACAAGAGUGCGCUAACAACUCUGGUUGGGCCCCUUACACCCCCCGUCAAACAUUUCCAGCUGAAAAGGAAGCCGAAGAGUGCCACCCUCAGAGCAGAGCUGCUACAGAAAUCCACAGAGACAGCCCAACAGCUGAAAAAGACAGCCGGAGUGCCUUUUCACGCCAAAGGGAGAGGACUGGUCAAAAAGAUUGACACUACUACUCCUCUCAAGGGGAUCCCUAAGGCCCCAUUCCGCAGCCCCACUGCCCCCAGUAUGUUCAGCCCUCCCAGUAACCGCACACCUAUAGCCCCUGCACGGACGCCCCUGCGUAAGGAGAGGGGGGUGAAGCUGUUAGAUAUUUCAGAGCUAGACAUGGUCGGAGCUGGAAGAGAAGCGAAGAGGAGAAGAAAGACUUUGGAAACAGAGGCCGGAGAGAAAGCAGCCAAAGAAGAAGCCGUGGUGGAAAACACCACACCAGACUACGCCGCUGGCCUCGUCUCUGCACAGAAACUGGGGGCGCUGAACGAGAAUCCUCUGCCGUCAACCAGCUACCUACCAGCCACACCCAGCAUGGUUCCCUCUUCAUCUUACAUUCCCAGCUCCGAGGCACAACCAGCGAAUGCUGGUGGUUCGGGUCGGGACACGCUGCAGUCGGCUCGACAACCAGAGGAGUCGGCAACAGCGGGCGCUGGCACCACCCCUACUUUACCGGGCCAGUACAAACAGAGGACGCCUAUGUACAACGCCAGCACCACAGCGAACCCCGCAACCCCCACAUCCCCCAGCACGCCAGCCUCCACCCCCGCCAGCAACGGGCCCCCAGCCGCUGCGACCGCCAGCCAGCCCGAGACCCCCACCCAGCCUCCCAGCACACCUCAAACCCCCACCCCGACACCAACCCCUACGCCACCACAGCCCCAGCCCAAAAAGAAUCUCUCACUCACGAGGGACCAGAUGUACGCUGCUCAGGAGAUGUUCAAGACGGCCAACAAGGUCACCAGACCAGAGAAGGCCCUGAUCCUGGGCUUCAUGGCUGGAUCCAGAGAGAACCCGUGCCCGGAGCAGGGGGACAUCAUCCAGAUCAAGCUGAGCGAACACACAGAGGUUUUGCCCAAAGCCGACGGCACCGGCAGCACCACCAUGCUGGUGGACACAGUCUUCGAAAUGAACUACUCCACAGGACAGUGGACCCGCCUCAAGAAAUACAAACCCAUCACCAAUACCUCCUGAGGCGCUUCACUAGCUCAAAAUCACACACCCAAAAUUUCUUAUCCACUUCAAAAAAAACCAUGUUUACACACAUACAAGUAUUUGCAAACACAUUUGGGCCAAA